AUGAGGGAUAGAAGUGAGAACGACGGUAGAGGAAAGGGGAAGAAAUAUGGGUCAAAGUCUAGGCCAAAAGGUGAUAAUGGUGGCAGGUUCAGAUGUUUCUAUUUUCAGGAUCCGGGUCACUUCAAGAAGGACUGUCCUCAGAGAAGGGGCAGUGGUAGUUCGUCAGCUCAUGUUGCCGUUGAUGAGGAGGAAGGCUAUGAGAUAUUUUCUCAAAAGCGUAAAAUUCAAAGAAAAAGACAAUUUGAUGAGAAUUUGAGUACCGCGUCAGUUGAGCUAUCUGAAGAGGAAUCUUUUAGGGUUAAUUAUUUUCUUUACCUUGUUGAUCAAGCUGUUGUAUCUCUUAAAACGAGGUUUGAGCAAUACCAACAAUAUGAAAGUAUUUUUGGUUUCUUGUUUAGUUCUCAAAAUUUACAAUUGUUGGAUGAUGCAACUUUGAACUCUUGUUGUAGUAAUUUAGAGGAAAGGUUGAAACAUAAUGAGCAGUUUGAUGUUGUUGGGAAAGAACUAUGUGUGGAGUUAAGGUUACUAAGAAAUAUGUUGCCUGGAGGAAAGAUGGGGCCUAUUGAUAUAUUAAAUUUUUUGAAAGGCAUGAAUUGUUUUCCUAAUACAAUUAUUGCAUAUAGAAUUUUAUUAACUAUUCCUGUUACAGUUGCCUCUGCAGAAAGAAGCUUUUCAAAAUUGAAGUUGUUGAAGUCUUACUUGCGGUCUACCAUGUUACAAGAAAGACUUAACGGCUUAGCAUUGAUAGCAAUUGAGAAUAAUCUCUUGGAUGACAUACAAUAUGAAGACUUGAUUGAUGAAUUUGCUUCAAAAAAUGCAGCAAGAAUGAGUCGAUUUAAGUAG